GACUAGUAGAAAUUUUCUGACCGGUUCAAUGGGUUUGUUAAGUUGAUAAAAGUGUAAAACAAGUGCAAUUGUUUAUACUAACUCAUCAUUUUGCUUCAACCUACUCACUCCGGCAAUUUAUACUACUUCAAUAAUAUCACAAAAUGUUCUUUCCAUCAAUAACAACAAUUUUGGGCGUUGCAUUUAUGGCUUAUAUAGCCCAUUCAAUGUGGGUUAUGGCGCAGUUGUUCACCACUCUGCAAUGCUCCAGCCAGCCUUGCUAUACAUCCUUCCUUAGUGAGAAUCCACGUAUGCAGUUGGCACUAUUUACGUCCAGUAGUAUUAAUCCCAUAUCGUCUGAGGCGUCGAAAAUUUUUAGCACCAAGAACUUCGACUAUAUGCAUGCAUAUCAAGAUGAAUUUCAAAUCGAUGUUCCUUUGAAGACUCGCCGCAACGGUAGCCUUUAUUUACAAGUGGUGUUAGCCUUGAAUGGGGAACCCCUCGAGUGGAAGACAUUGAGACGAGAUGGACCGACUGUAAUCCAUGCGUCCAGAUUGACAGAUUAUAUCGCACCUCGAAUACAGGCAUUUAAUUUACUCGGUGAUAGUAAAAAUAAAAACUCAGACCUCCACAAUAAUAAAAAAACAAUUGGAGCAUCUGGAAAAAGUAAUGAUUAUGCGCAGGCUACGAGACCGGUGACACAUAUUAUGUCUCAGGUGCAUGUCAAUUUGCUUACCGACAAUAUCUCACUAUCAAACACAGAUGUUCCUCCUGAGAUGGCAAGACUCAUACAAAUUAAUCGCAAUCGUCAAAUAAUGCCUAUUCUUAAGACUGAUUUUUUUAAUACGCGUUUGAAAAAUUUGGUACAAGUAACCAAAAAUACCACUGAGUUCAAGAUAACAUUUAACUAUAAACCAAUUGGUAUUGGAAAGUUGCGUUUAAUGCUAAUGGUCGAACACGCUAUGCAAAUGAUGCAAACUAUAGGAUUCUCCAAGAAAGACAUUGAUGAAGUGAAGGGUAUGUUUUCCGACACGAACGUAUAUCUCCUCUGCGGCACUAUAUUCGUUGCCAGUGUACAUAUUCUUUUUGACUUCUUAUCGUUUAAAAACGACGUAAUAUUUUGGCGCAGAAAAAAGUCUUAUGAGGGCCUUUCAACGCGUACAACGCUUUGGCGUGCAUUCUCACAAAUUGUGAUAUUUUUGUAUUUACUGGACGAAAAUACAUCGAUGCUAGUAUUGGUUCCAGCAGGCCUUGGGGUGCUUAUAGAGUUAUGGAAGUGCAAAAAGAUAUUAAAAUUAGAAAUAGGUCUAAGCGGUUUCCAAAGAAAGCAAUCGAAGGAUGGAGAAGUAUGCAGAAGUGCCGAAAAGAAAACGGAAGAAUUCGACAAACAAGGAAUGAAAUAUUUAAGCUAUUUAUUAUAUCCUUUGUGUUUAGCGGGCGCUGUUUACUCACUCUUAUACCAACCGCAUAAGAGUUGGUACUCUUGGACACUUAAUUCUCUUGUUAAUGGAGUUUACGCAUUUGGUUUUCUUUUUAUGUUACCUCAGUUAUUUGUAAAUUAUAAAUUAAAAUCGGUUGCCGCUUUGCCGUGGAGAGCUUUUAUGUACAAAGCAUUCAAUACGUUCAUAGACGAUUUCUUCGCCUUCAUUAUUACCAUGCCUACUGCACAUAGGGUGGCUUGUUUACGUGAUGAUGUUGUAUUUCUUAUAUACUUAUAUCAACGCUGGCUCUAUCCAGUGGACAAGAGUAGGUUGGAUACAGGACUUGCAAUUCAAGAAAAUACUGAGACUGAUGAGGUUAUGACUUCUUCACAAAAUUCAUCUGAUAAAAAGAAAAACUAAUGCAUAUUCUAACAUUUUUUAGUGUUUUUUAUAAGCUAUUUUAGAUUUCUUGUACCAACAAAUAAAUAUAAAUUUAACAAUCCUCGGAUUUGAAUUUAUAUAAUCUGGCAAUGUAUGGAUAAUGUUUUUUUACUUAGAGCACAUAAAGCACGUAGAUGUCAAAUAUUUAGAAUGUGAAUAAAAUGUGAUGUAAUGCAAA